AUGACUGGGGAGCUGGUUCCUGUGUUUACGCCCCGGAACCUCAGGCUGAGGUGGCUGCCCCCUGACGAGCCCCCUCACUUCUUCCUUCAGCUUGGCAGGGGACAGACCGCCCAGGAGGACCGCCCCUGCCCGUGGUCCCCAUCUGUCACCCCUGCCCACUCUCCUGUUGGGGGUAGGACCCCGGUCAUCAUGCACCUGGUCCAGGUGAAUGAGCUCUGCCAGCCUGAAGCCAACCUUAAGGACCCAAUCCAGGCCCAGGGACCGGGGGAGGCACAGCUGUUUGGGGCUGAGGGGGAGGAGGAUGUAGCAUCCCCUUCUUCCUCCUCCCCCUCCUCCUCCUCCUCCUCCCCCUCCUCCUCCUCCUCCUCCUCCCCCUCCUCCUCAGAGGCACCACGUCUGAAGAUGGCUGACCUGGUGCGGUUCUUGCUCCUCAAGUAUCGCACCAAGGAGCCCACCACAACGGCAGAAAUGCUGACCAUGGUCCGCAAAGACCAGCGGGACCACUUCCCCGUGGUCUUCAGCCAAGCCUGCAAUUGCAUGCAGCUGCUCUUUGGCGUGGACAUGAAGGAGGUGGACCCCAGGGAGCACACCUAUGCCCUGGUCCCCACCCUGGGCCUCACCCACAAUGGGAUGCUGAGCGAUGGGCAGAGAUUCCCCAAGACUGGCCUCCUGGUGUUGCUCCUGGGCCUGAUUGUCUUGGAUGGCGACCACAUCCCUGAGGAGGAGGCCUGGGGAGCACUUAGCCGGAUAGGGGUGUAUGCAGGGAAAGAGCACUGCAUCUAUGGGGACCCCGGGGAGCUGCUGACCAAAGUGUGGGUGCAGGAGGGCUACCUGGAAUACCGGCAGGUGCCCCACAGCGACCCCGCCCGCUACGAGUUCCUGUGGGGGCCCCGGGCCCACGCAGAGAUCCGCAGGGAGCAAGUCCAGGAUUAUCUGCUCAAGGUCAAUAGCUUGGACCCCAGGUCCUUCCUACCCCUGCCUGCAGAGGCUGUGAGCGAUGAGGAAGAGGGGGCCUGA